AUGGGACUAAGAGCGAAAGACAAAUCUCGGCUGUCAACAGGCGCUAUGGAACAAAGCCUUCCCGACAAACUGACGCAAGCUUUACGCAAUUUGCGUCCCGGUGCGCUUGUACACUCUGCAAGUAGUUCAGCAGCACAUUCGAGUACCGUCGUCGACGUAGAAGGAGCUGCCAUGUGUUCGGAGAUGAAAUGGAUGCGGAAUCGUCAAGUACUCGAAGCCCGACGGAUAGUGGAUACCGAUCCACACCUCGCCAAACUAGUGGAGAGAACAUCUGCAAUUAUGAUGAAGUUUCACCUACACGUGAGCAAUGGAGAAGCUUUUCUUGAACAACUUGAAGAUUAUUCUUGGAAAAUUUUUAUUGUAGGAAUAUCACACAAAACAACAACUGUCGUAUAUGUGAAUGGUGAAAGUUCUCAAGCUGAAGAGCACCAGGUCAUGAAAGCUCAUGGUGCGACACAUACAGCCCUCGAUAGUCAUAUUCUACGUUUCGGGGUAAUAUGCAAGGAUACCAUUUGCCCAUUUGAUGAGAAGGAUUUGCUAAAACUGCUCUAUCACAAAUCAUUACCAAAGGACAGUCAUUGCUUUGAUGUCACGCAUGUUCCCAUGUUAAUUGACAUGUUACUAAACACUCUGGAAAUGAUUACGGAUCAUAUCCAACGUUUAUCCAUAAACAGUGCUAAGGCAACUGUUGAAAACGUGACGACUUCUACCAAGAUUGUAUUCCCCUUGGAAGUGUCUUGGCCAUGUAUCAAAGCCGCAAAUCAAGCGAUGGCUCUUUACUCUGUCAGCGGCCAAGGUGCUCUUAGGAGAAGCAUGUCACAAAGGGCAUCGCUACAUCUCUCAAUUGGUAGAAUGUUCCAUUGGCUCGUCACUAAGCUGCCGAAUAAGCCAAUGUCGGAAUCGGUGCCAGUCUAUCUGACAGCUGUGCUCGAGCGAGCGAUGGAGGAGAUGCUACGACCGGUACUGCAACUGGGUAGAAAAUACUCUUGGUCUUAA